AAUGCGGGGUGCUGGAGGUUGUGGGCUCAGCUUUAGGGAAGGGGGUGUCAGGGACCUUGAAAAUGGUCUUUUGCGCAGUAGGAUUUGAGUCACUCGUGUUUGUCUACUUUUUUGUGAUCUCAUGUCCCCCAUUUUCAGUGUAGAGCUUUUGUUCUCAGGCUGGCCAACUGUAUAAUAAUAAUAAUAAUAACAACAGUAACAGUAACAUGCAAAUUAUUCAGCAAACUAAAAGCAAUACCCAAAUAGAUGCUAGAAUCAAACUGCUUUCCAGAAAAUGUGUGCUGGGCGGUUCUUCCAAGCCUUCUGUAACCACCAUGUCAGGAGAUCACACAUCCUACAACGGUUCUGGUACAGACCUCCACACACACGAUGGAGAAAUUCUUCAACCUGUCCCUAUAAAGCUGUGAUCUUUGAUAUGGGUGGUGUUCUCCUUCCUUCCCCAAUCAAACUGGCAGCAGACUGGGAGGUUCGGCACCGUGUGCCCCCUGGCACCAUCAAGCAGGCCUUGAGAUCUGGAGGGGAGGACGGACCUUGGCUGAGGUACAUGAGAGGGGAGCUGCAGCCAGCAGAGUUUCUGCAUGAAUUUGGAAAGCAGUGCUCCGAGAUCGCAAACUCCUCUGUCCCAGUGGAAUCUUUUCUCGCAGAUUUGACCAGCGUUGGAAUGUCAGGGCAGCUUCCCGUUAUGACUGAAGCUAUAAAGUGCAUCCGAGCCGAAGGCCUGAAGACGGCCGUCCUGAGUAACAAUUUCUAUUUGCACAGUGGAGAAAGUUUUCUGCCCCUUGACCGGCAGCAGUUUGAUGUGAUAAUUGAGUCUUGCCGGGAAGGGGUGUGCAAGCCGGACCUUCGUAUCUAUAAGUUGUGUUUGGAGAGACUGGGCGUUCAGGCCAAAGAGUCCAUCUUUCUGGAUGACCUGGGGCAGAACCUGAAAGCAGCUGCCCAGCUGGGCAUGAAGACACUCAAGGUUGAUGACCCAGACUCAGCACUUCAAGAGCUGGAGAGCCACCUGGGCUUUGCCCUGAGAUCGUUUGUUCCUUACACAUGUUCCGUGAGGUCGGCAAUGCAGAUCCCCACAGCCCCUCUCCAGAAGUACAUUGAAGGCAUCCUGGGGGCUCCAGGGCCUCUGGUGCUACGGCAGUUCAGCCACGGGCAGUCCAACCCUACCUACUACCUCAGGUUUGGGGAUCGUCAGUUCGUUCUGAGGAAGAAGCCGCCAGGCCCCCUCCUUCCCUCUGCUCAUGCUGUGGAGAGAGAGUACAGGGUUUUGAAGUCUGUUGCGGAGGCUGGUGUUCCAGUUCCUAAAGUCCUUGCCUUAUGUGAAGAUUCAAGCAUCAUUGGCACCCCAUUUUACCUCAUGGACUACUGCACCGGACGGAUCUUCAAGGACCCCUCCCUCCCAGGACUGGAGCCCAGCCAACGGACAGAGAUUUACACCGCCAUGAACAGAGUCCUCUGUAAGAUCCACAGUGUGGACAUCAAGGCAGCCGGCCUGGAGGAUUAUGGGAAACAUGGUAACUAUGUUCAGCGGCAAGUCCAGACGUGGAGCAAACAGUACCGUGCCACAGAGACGCAUACCAUCCCAGCUAUGGAGAGGCUUAUUGCCUGGUUCCCUUCCCACCUGCCAGCCAGCGAGGGCCUCUCUGUCGUGCACGGAGAUUUCAGGCUGGACAACCUGAUCUUCCACCCAGAGAAGCCUGAGGUGGUCUCUGUCCUUGACUGGGAACUCUCUACCUUGGGCAACCCUCUUUCUGAUGUGGCCUACAACUGCCUGGCAUAUUAUCUGCCUUCCAGCUUCAGUAUCCUGAAAGGUUUGAGGGACUGCGACCUGAGCCGGCUAGGCAUCCCCACGGCAGAGGCCUAUUUCCAGAUGUAUUGCAAGCACAUGGGCGCCCCAGCCAUCAAGAACUGGAACUUCUACAUGGCCUUUUCCUUUUUCCGAGUGGCUGCUAUCCUACAGGGGGUGUACAAACGCUCGCUCACAGGUCAGGCCAGCUCAGCAACUGCCGGGAGCAGCGGCAAACAGGCCGAAUUCAUAGCAGACCUCGCCUGGGAUUUUGCUACAAAAGAAGGCUUCCGGGUCUUCAAGCGACUUCCAACUCCCACGGCCCCCACCAGGGCGUUCGGUACCUGGGCUGGCCCGAGGCAAUUCCCACGGAGCAGCUACUCCACGCAGGCUCCUGCUUCCAGGUUCCACCUCAUCAUCUCUCCGGACGGCCUGCCCAGCCGCGUCCAGGAGCUGCACCACAAAGUCAAGAAGUCCAUGGAGGCCCACAUUUACCCAGCCGAGCAGCUUCUGCGAGACCACCAGGCUUCCUCGAGCCGGUGGACUCCUCAUCCCUUGAUGGAAGAACUCAAGGAGAAGGCCAAGUCUGAGGGGCUCUGGAACCUUUUCCUGCCGCUGGAGAGUGACCCAGACAUGAAGUACGGAGCAGGCCUGACCAAUGUGGAGUACAGCCACUUGUGCGAGCUGAUGGGGACUUCGCUCCAUGCGCCUGAGGUAUUCAACUGCUCUGCCCCAGACACAGGCAAUAUGGAGGUGCUUCUGCGCUAUGGGACAGAAGCACAGAAGGAGCGCUGGCUGCAGCCUUUGCUGGAUGGAAAGAUCCGGUCUUGCUUUGCUAUGACGGAGCCACAGGUUGCUUCCUCCGAUGCCACCAACAUUGAAGCUUCCAUUGUCAAGGAAAAGGACACCUAUGUCCUGAACGGGCGCAAAUGGUGGAUAUCAGGUUCCUUGGACCCUCGUUGCCAGCUCUGCAUCUUUAUGGGCAAGACGGACCCCACCGCCCAAAGGCACAAGCAACAGUCCAUGUUGCUGGUUCCUAUGGACACACCUGGAAUCACCAUCCUGAGGCCACUCAGUGUUUAUGGCCUGGACGACGCUCCAGCUGGCCAUGGAGAGAUGGUCUUUGACAACGUCCGUGUGCCCCAAGAGAAUCUCUUGCUGGGCCCUGGCCGAGGGUUUGAGAUAGCCCAGGGGAGGCUGGGCCCAGGAAGGAUACACCACUGCAUGAGGCUGAUUGGCUUUGCGGAAAGGGCGCUGGCCCUCAUGAAGGAGAGGGUGGCAUCUCGCAUGGCCUUUGGGAAGCCCUUGGCAGAGCAGGGCACCAUCAGGGCAGAAAUCGCCGAGUCUCGUGUUGAGAUUGAGCAGGCCCGUCUCCUGGUCCUCAAGGCAGCGCACUUGAUGGACACCGUUGGGAAUAAGGAAGCGGCUCUUGAGAUCGCCAUGAUCAAGGUGGUGGCCCCAAGGAUGGCUCUGCGCGUUGUUGACCGAGCGAUCCAGGCUUUUGGAGCAGCUGGACUUAGCAACGACCAACCACUGGCGCAGUUCUUCGCCUGGGCACGGGCUCUCCGCCUUGCUGAUGGACCCGACGAAGUCCACCGGGCAGCCAUCGCUAAAAUGGAGCUCAAGCGCUAACGGAGCCCCGUCCAGGCCGCCACAGGAACCCGCAGCAAGCCAGAGUUGGGAAAAGGGCACUCGGUCUGCAGCACUGGGGACCGGCAAGGUGUGGUGAUGGGGAGGCUAUAUGGAUGUGGCUUGUUU